CAUUAUAUACACAAUGUUGUACAAUAUGAAGAUUAAGAAGUCAGUGUGAGGAAAUAUAUAUUCGUAAAAACUGAGUGGUAAGAAUAUAUCUUGUUCAUAUGUCUUUGAGAACAUGAUAGUGAAGUAAGCUGGUUUAAACUCGUUAAAACUCAUUGGCCUGAGUCAUAAAAGAUCAGAGAAUCGUCUUGUGUCGUGCGUAUGUCAGUGCUUAAAGUUAGUGUUGAGAAUCGUAGUUUUGAAAAAUUGUUAAGAAUAUUUUUAUUUAUUUAUCGAAAACUUGCAUAAUGGAAAUAAAAAUCGAUGAGAAUAUUUUUGAGAAAAUGCUUCGGAAGAAAUUAUCGAACGAGAUCGUUCAAAUUCUGGAAAUUAAACGUCAUUGUAUGUCAGAGAAAGGAUUAAAUUUCCUCAGUGAUUUAUAUAUAAUGCAUGUGAGAUAUGUGGUUAUUUCUAACAAUAAGAAAAAUGAAACAAAAUCGGAACGUUCGAUCAAUUUUAUCAUUAAAACCGAACCUUCGAACGGAUUAUCGUGCGAGAUUGCUCGCCAACAAAAUGUAUUCCAGAUCGAAUUGAAAGUUUUACAAGAUAUUCUACCGAGAAUAAAGGAAUUUAUCUCUCAUCAAAUUGGACCGAAUUUAUUAUACUCUUCCGAUAAUCCUCCAUUUUUCAUUAUGGAGAAUUUAAAAGACAGAGGAUUUAUUAUGAAAGAUCGUCAAAAAGGAUUAUCACGUGAACAUUGUUCUUUACUUAUAAAACAAAUUGCGAGACUGCACGCUGGAUCUGUUGCAAUUUUUGAAAAAGAUCCAAAAUUGAUUGAAUUUUUCAAAGAUGGUGGCAUCGUGUCGGUUAAAUGUCCUCAAAUUUUUAUACGAAUGAUGGAAGUAAGUCUUUUACGGAUAGGUAAUCAAAUAGAAAAAUGGUCAGAUGAAAAGUGUGCAUCUACAGCGAGCAAGUUAAUAAAAUUAGCAGAAACUAUCGGAUCACGAUGUACGGAUGUCUAUAAUUAUGAUGCGAACGAAUUCUGUGUAUUAAAUCAUGGAGAUUGUUGGAUCAAUAAUAUGAUGUUUAAAGAAAAUGAGAAAGGCCAACCUAUCGAUGUUUUAUUGGUUGAUUAUCAAAUGUCCGUUUAUACGUCUCCGGCUAUCGAUUUAUUAUACUUUUUGAAUAUUUGUCCAGAAAUUGAUAUAAAAUACGAUAACGACGAUUAUUUCCUCGGGAUAUAUUUGGACACUUUAGAGGAAACUAUGAAAAAUAUCGAUUGCAAAAGAAAAUCACCGACGAUGAGAGAAUUAAAAGCAGCGUUGUAUAAAAGAAAAAUAUACGCUGUUUUCGCUGGAAUCGUGCUUAAUUUACGAAUGCUGGCAAAUAAAGAAGAUACCGAGGAUUUUGACGAUUUAUUUUGCAAGUUAGGUGAAACUAAAAUGAAUGUUUUCAAAAGUCCAGCCGCGGUGAAAUUAGCUCAAAAAAUGAUUCCAAUCAUGAAUGAAAGAGGUUACUUUGACUGAAAAAAACGUAUUAAAUAAUACUUAAUACUUAAGACAAAAGAAAAUAUUUAAAAUUUUAAUUCUCUAUAAAUAAAAUCUUUUAAGAAAAAAGAAUUUUAACUGAUAUGACACAAACAUGACAAUGUUUGAGAUAAAUAUGAAAUUUAGAGAUCAAUAAAUAUUAUUUUUAUUUAUAAUAAUUUUUAAUACUUAUUUAUUUUAAUUUGAUUACAUUAUCAUUAUUUUACAAAAACAUUUCCUUGUUUGAUUUAACAUCACUAGUCAUUCCGCCGAGUAACACUUUAAUCUUUUAAUUCUUCUUAUCUUAUCUUUGAUCGUAAAUUAUUUAACAAAAGAAAAAAAGAAAAAAAAAGAAACUUAAAAAGACAAAAAAUAGAAAAUUAAAACCACAUCAUAAAAUCUUAUUAAUAUUUUUUCAUUUGAAAAUUUGCUAUUAAAAUCUCGUAUUUCCUCAAUGACUUUUUAUGUAUUAAUUUCGCAGGUUUUCAUUUACUUGAUCAACAAUUAAGAGGAUUUUCGAUUGCAGUAAAUUGAAGAUUUCUCUCCCAGCGAGGAAAAAGUAGCUCGCUUGGACACAGUUUGAUGAACUUUCGAAAAGAUCCUUGGAGGGCGGCCUUGGCGGUCAGCCUGUAGGAAUUGAUUUAUAAUAGGGCAGUAAAGCAGUAGGCUAAAAGAUCUCUGAAAGCAUCGUCUCGGUAACCUACAUCGUGAACAGAGAAAUUGUUGUGGCAAGCCUCGAUGGGGUGGCUUUUGCCUCGAGGUGAAUCUUCGCUACCGGGACGACGAAGAGAAACGCGUUGGAACAGAAGUCAUCGCCACGAGGAGAGAAAGAGAGAGAGAGAGAGAGAGUGUCUUUAGCCGGUACCGAGGUAUUUGCACAAGUUUCUCCCUUCCUCGUGCAACUUCUUGUUUGCGCUGACCUGGAGGAAGUUGCACGUAGUCGACUGGGAGUCGAGGGAUUCGUAAAUCAUAGUAGAAAGGCGAAUUGGAAAAAUUCGGUAGCCGAUUCUCGGUUCUCCGCACGAGCUUCGAGAAAGUUAGGGAGAGGAAGAAGAGGCGCGUCGGGGGAGAAAAUAAAAGGAUAAUGGAAAAACUAGACGUCCGUGAAGUAUUUGGGUUAUUCGGUCGUCAGUGGCAGAAAAUUCCGGUAGCGGACCGCGAUUAGUUCCGAAUCGGGUAGAAAAUGACGUUAAAGUAAAAAUUUUGUGUCUUCGUUUCGGUAUUAUCGAUCGCUUUCAAUGCUCGGAUGAUAAAAUCUUUCGCCUCGUGAUAAACGUGAUUUGUAUAAAUAUAUAUAACGAGCGAGCGAAUCUUGUUAAUUUUUAUAUCAAGAAAUUUUUUUCCUCGAUAUAAAAUGCUAGACGAAAAGAGGAUGAAAGAAAUCGGUCGGAAUUCUCUCAUAGGGGUUAUACUAAUCCUUCGAUUUUUCAGGUGUUCCAUUUUACUAUGUGUCGGACGACUUAUUUGUCAACGUCCUUUACCUGAAUAAAGUCUGUUUCUUAUUUGUCUCCUAAAAGAAAAUGGUCAACCCAUGGGAAUACUUUACGGAAUUCGUCAGGUGCGAUUGAUGAAUUUCAAACUUGACAAUUUUUUUUUUUUUUUUUUUUUAAGAAGAACGAAUCGUGCAACGAGAUAAAUGUACCUUUCCCCUGGAUCUUGAUACACGAAAGGUUUAAUGCUAUUAAAAGAGAAAGAAAGAAAAAACAUGGGAAGAAGCGGAAAAAAUUCUUUUGAUAGAAUUGAAUAACGCGGUUGAAGAAGAAUGAAAAUUGAUCCCUCGACACCUAAUCGUCUAAUCCUUCUAUUAUAUAUAUACGAGAGGAGAAUUUCUUCAUUUUUGCACCUUUUGAAAAAAUUUCGAAAUCUUAGGAAAUAUUUAUGAAAAUAUAUCAAUGUAAUAAUCGAUUUAAAAAUAUAAUAUUAACGUUUAAUAUUAUUGAAUAAAUGUGUUGGAUAAAUGCGAAUUGCAUUACAUGAACGGUGGAUGAAAAAGAGAAAGCACUCGUCGAUAUUAGGCCUGGAUCUCGAGGCGUAUACGGGCGUAUUUACGCUGUCGGAACAUGCAAUUUUGGCGUACGACGUGUAAAUACAGACGUGUCAUUGGACAACAAUAUACCCGUGGGAUUCAAAGCCUGAUCUCUCGGUGUCAACGACCACGGUAUUCUGAAUUUUUCGAUGGUAUUCCGUGACGACGACCACGAGUAAAUUAUCGCUAAAUAGUGUACCGGCGGAUGUCAAGAUGCGGGCCUCGUUCGGGUGGUCGUGGGAUCUUUCAUCGACGACCCUUUCGAAAUACUAGAAUAUGGAACAGAAUCUUUCUUGAUCAUCGUCGAACAAAACAAACAGUAGAAAUUUUUGGGAGAAUUGAAAACGAACGAAUGGCCAAAUUCUUCAUCAAAAACAGUUUGUGCUCGAUUAAAAUUUAUGGAGGUUGUUGUAAUAAAAUAAUAAAAAUCAGCCAUGGACCGGUGAUAUCAUCUACGUAAAAUCGAAUAUUCAAUGUUAUAUUGGCGCGAUUCUAUGCUGUUUUGAAAAUCUGUGGCUACGGUAGCAUUGAACGUUGACCGAGUAUUCGCACCGAAUAUUUCUCUGGUCUGUCAGUUUGUAAGGUAUAGUAAAUCAUGUAACAUGAAUUUAUGGGUCAAUUUCAUGCGGCUGGAAGGUAUAGCAGGCCAUUUGGCGCUUUCUCUUCACUGGUUUCUCUUUCAUAUUUCUCUAUGUUUUCGCGUAAACGAUUGAAGCACAACCAUUUUUCACAAAAAACUUUCUUAAAUUGUUUGGAAACUCUUGUAUCCUUUUUUUUAAAUCUCUGUUGUAUCCAGAAAUACAAUUUCUCAUUCAAAUUAACAUCAUUCCAUCCGCAUAAACUUCAAAUUUUAAUCGUUAAAUUAUCAAAUCAUUAUUCGGUUCAUAAUUUAACGAAGAGGAUCAACGUUCAACUAUAAUAAUAAUAAGCUGUGAUAUAAAUGUAAAAUGCAAAAGGAAAACUGUUUAACUCCACAUUGAGAAAAAAAAAAUAAUAACAUUCAAACAUUUUAAUAACGCGAUAUCCAAGUUUUAAUUUCUCUUUAGAAUUUUCUCGUACUGUUUUACUAGCAUAGAAACUAGUAUGUAACAUGAUUCGUGUUAGGACGUGAUUUCUGUGUGAAAGGCAGAAGCCAAAUGCGAUUAUGAUCGCUGGGGACACGGACUUAGGGGUGUAUUAUAAUAAAGCGAAAGUGCUGUUACAGAACUCACGUCGAGCGACACGUGGCGAAUCGUGUUCUGAUAUUGUAUCACUGUCCGCCACGUGACUAUCACUUUAUAAAUAUAUAUCUAUCCCAGCAUGUUCAAUCAAAAGUGAUAGUCAGAAGGACGUGUUCGAAUCGAACUUAUCGUUGAACUUCAUCUUGGAAAUUUCGAUAUACCCACCCAGCAAUGGCAAUUUUCAUCCACUCCAACUUUUACGUUCAUUACAGCUAACGACGUUUCGCGGAUUGAACGAUAAUCCCAGACGAAAGUUAUUAUAUACAUUUCACGAAGCACAACAGUUGCACCGUUAUACUAUUUAGUCUUUAAACAAGCGCGCAAAGUGGAUCAACACGGUCGAAUCGUGAAAACAGGAGAGAGGUCCCAGGCAUCGUACAUACGUGUCUGUUAGGGGUGUCAAUUUGUCCAGUGGAAGUCCAGUUUGUCCCUGUUUGUUUCCAGGAGAGGUUUAUUUGCAGCACACAAGGACCACGGACGACAGCGGCGGCUCGAGGAGGAUGGGGGUGGAGGAAAAAAGGCCGGUAACGAGGCGCGACAACCGUAGAAACAGCUGUUUCACAAAAGCUCCGAUUGAGAAACUCUCCGUUCCGGCCCGCUCAGAUCCUCUGUGAACGAAAAUUCUCCGAUUAUCGGGCUCGUCCGACUAUUUUUUCGAAGAAUCAUCGCAGAGUUGCACAUGUUAAUAUAUAUAAUACAUAUGGUGAUAAUCGUAUUGUUAUUUUAUUUAAAAAUUGAUAUUGCUUGAAAAACCGAUAUUUUUCUUUUUUUUUUAAUAAAUCUUACGUUGUAUUUAA